AUGAAAUUACUAUUAUUACUUGAAACUGUCGGUUAUGCAACACCUAGCAAUCCAAACCCUGAAAUACCGUCACCAAUAGAUCCUCCUCCAACAAAUAUAACAAAGACAUCGAAUGAUUAUAACAUCAGUAGUUCCAGUAGUUCACCUACCAUAUCACAACCUACCUAUUCCAAUGCAUUAUCUAAUAUCAGAUGUGUUAUAAUAAUUAUGGGUGGAUAA